GUGUGUGUCUCUCCCUCUCUCACUCACUCACUCAUUGACACUCCCAUCUCUGUCAAAAGCCAUCGACCAAGCUUGGUACAUCUUGAGCAUCGACAGCGUCCAAUCCUCUGCCUUCUCAUCUCUCUGCCGUUUUACUUGUCCUUCCCAUCGCCCUCGUACCCUCACAUCACCCUUCCCUGGCGACACCAUGGGAAACGGCAAGAAUGCCGACUCUCUCGCAGGGAUCCCAACCGACGAUGAUUCAGUCAUCCAAGAGUUUACAGAUGAAUCAGGAGCCCCGGCUACGUUGCCGGAAGUCGGUGGUGGUGGGGAGGAGAGUAAACUCAAGAUCCUGAUGGGACUCCUGAGAAGACUCGUUGGUGUCAAGGAUGUAGCCAAUUUACGGUUGUCACUGCCUGCCUCCCUCCUUGAGCCCAUCCCUAAUCUGGAGUACUGGCAGUAUCUCGACCGGGCUGACAUUUUUGCUGCUGUCGGUGACCCUCAAGACGAGCUGGAAAGGAUGUUGGCUGUCCUGCGAUUCUCAUUCAGUAAGGAGCUGAAAUUCGUCCGGGCGAGAUUGGGUAAACCAUACAACUCGGCCUUGGGGGAACACUUUAGAUGCUCCUGGAGACUACCACCUCUCUUGAUUGACAAAGCCACCAAAGAACCCAUUGUCCGCACCCAUAUCCAUGUCCCUCUCGCCGGUGAACCAGCCUACGGUGGUCAGGGCGGAAGUGGAUGGACGACGCCAGUCUUACGGCCCCAAGAUGGAGGCAAGCUGAACAGCGAAACCAGCUCAGUCGUCUCGAUCGGUUCCAGCACGUCUAAAAAGCCAAGCCUACCAAACCUCAAGACAAACGCACGUGGACUGCCGCUCGAACAUCCCCCGUCACCCAAUCUCAAUCGAGCCAUCCCGGGUCCCGGCGAGGAGAUUGAGGCGGAUAGUGAUGCGGGUGUCGUGGAGUCGGAAAAGGUCACAGUGGUGUUCCUGUGUGAACAAAUUUCCCAUCACCCACCCGUCUCUGCCGCUUAUUAUGCCUGCCCUGAGAAGGGCUUGGAAAUGGUUUGCAUGGACCAAAUCUUGGCCAAGGUGUCUGGCAUGUCGGUCAAGGUUGGACCAGGCCCUAGCAACAAGGGCCUUUUCCUCAAGCUGAAUCGCGAAGGCCCGGGCAAGGGAGAAGAAUAUCACAUCACGCAUCCUGCCGCUCAAGUCAACGGAAUCCUGAAAGGGUCUUACUACGGUACCAUCUCUGAUCAAAUCUCGAUAACAUGCUCGGGUGGGGAUAACAAGAAGACAAAGCUGCGCGCGGUUUUGGACUAUAAAGAUGAAUCCUGGAUUGGGCGUCCUCGUUUCGCAGUGGAUGGCGUAAUCUACCGCUAUGAAGUUGACAACGAAACCGAACUAUCCUGGACCAAGGCCAAACAGAUCCCCUCAGACAACAUUGUGGCUUAUAUCGAAGGAUGUUGGAUGAAGCAGCUCAAAUACAAGCUCAAAGGAGAGAAGGAAUGGAAAAUCCUAUUAGACAUUGAUGCUCUGGCCUUGAUACCGAAACAAGUUCGGCCGCUUGCAGAACAAGACCCUCAAGAAUCGAGAAAAUUCUGGGACCCGGUGACUACCUCAUUGCUCGCCAAGAAUUGGGGCGAAGCGACCAAGCAGAAACAGAUCAUCGAACAACGGCAGAGAGAUGCAGCUGCGAAGCGGAAAGCAGAUGGUGUCGAAUUCCAAUCUCGAUUCUUUGAGCAUGAUUGGGAGGAUGGUCGUCCUCGAUUGAGCGAGGCAGGUAAACAAGCUGUCGCUGAGGAGGUCGAGCGUCUCAAAUCGCUCAAGUCGACAUGAGAGGUCUUUUGUAUGAUGAUUUAAUAGCCUGUCGCAUCGAAUCCAGUCCAAUUUAUUACUAUUAGUCUUUUUGAGGAGAUGGGGUGAUGUAUGAUAGAUUGGCGCGAA